UUUCCGCAGCACUGCUGCUGAGUGAGAAACAUGGCGGCGUCCCUGUUUUGCGGCCGCUUGUCCGCUGGACUGAGGAAUUCUGGGUCCAGGACGGCUUUAAGUUCAACAGCCAAGGUAAUUACUGGGACGUCGGGGCUGUUCGGUAACCAUGGCCACCAGCCGUCUCCACUGGCGACAGGGCAGCAGCAGAGGAACCUUUCGCUGCACGAGUACCUGAGCAUCGGCUUGCUGAAGGAGGCGGGGAUCUCUGUACCUGCAGGAAUGGUGGCCAGCUCGCCUGAGGAAGCCUACGCCGCCGCCAAGCAGAUCGGCUCUAAGGAUCUGGUGGUGAAAGCUCAGGUGUUGGCUGGAGGACGAGGCAAAGGAACGUUUGAGGGAGGAUUGAAAGGAGGCGUCCGAAUCGUUUACUCGCCCGAGGAAGCGAGAGACAUUUCCUCGCAGAUGAUCGGCAAGAAGCUGUUCACCAAGCAGACGGGCGAAGCGGGCCGCAUCUGUAACCAGGUGUUCAUCUGCGAGCGCCGUUAUCCUCGCAGAGAGUAUUACUUCGCCAUCACCAUGGAGAGGUCUUUCCAGGGCCCGGUGCUGAUUGGCAGCUCUCACGGGGGCGUGAACAUAGAGGACGUGGCAGCUGAGAAUCCGGACGCCAUCGUUAAAGAGCCCAUCGACAUCGUAGAGGGCAUCAAGAUGGAUCAAGCCAUAAAGGUUGCGAAGAAGAUGGGUUUCCCAGAGGCUUUGGUAAACGAAGCAGCUGAAAACAUGAUCAAACUCUACAACCUUUUUAUCAAAUACGACGCAUCUAUGGUGGAGAUCAACCCUAUGGUGGAAGACUCUUCUGGCAUUGUGAUGUGCAUGGACGCCAAGAUCAACUUUGACUCCAACGCCGCGUACAGACAGAAGAAAGUGUUCGACUUGCAGGACUGGAGUCAGGAGGACAUCCGAGACAGACAGGCAGCUAAAGCCGACCUGAACUACAUCGGCCUGGACGGCACCAUCGGCUGCUUGGUCAACGGAGCCGGUCUCGCCAUGGCAACCAUGGACAUUAUUAAACUCCAUGGUGGGACGCCUGCUAACUUCCUUGACGUAGGAGGCGGAGCCACGGCGCAUCAAGUAACUGAAGCCUUCAAGCUCAUCACCUCAGAUAAAAAGGUGCAGGCCAUCCUCGUUAACAUUUUCGGCGGCAUUAUGAGAUGUGACGUCAUCGCUCAGGGCAUCAUCAUGGCAGUCCGCGACCUGGAUCUGAAAAUCCCCAUCGUAGUGCGGUUACAAGGAACGAGAGUGGAUGACGCAAAGGCUCUAAUCGCUGCCAGUCCUCUGAAGAUCCUGGCCUGUGAUGACCUGGAUGAGGCGGCCAAGAUGGUUGUAAAGCUUUCUGAAAUCGUUUCACUGGCCAAAGAGGCUCAAGUGGAUGUAAAAUUCCAGCUGCCCAUCUAAAGAAGCUCCACACUGAUGAACAACGGAACUGAAAAAGCUUCAUGAACUGACUUUCGAGCUGCCGAGUCCCACGUUUCCCAUCCACUACGUUCUGUCUACGGUUGCUUUCUGAAUCUGCUAUGUGUUAGUCAUAAGGUGCUUCAGCACUUCGAUAUGAGAGAUGCUCUCAUUAUACGUGCGUUUCGUUAGUUAGGUCAGGUCAGUGUUCCUACCUGUUCUUUACUCUUUUUUUUUUUUUUUUUUUUUUCCCCCCUCCUCCUUAUGAAGCAGUGGACUUAUUUAUGUGGGUCUGUAUUUAUACGGAAGUGCGCUGAGGUGAAGCAAGCUGGAUGUAGAAUAUGGUUGAAACACAUGCCUGUAUCUCUAGAGUCUGAUUUAAAGGAAACAAAAGCUCCCUGUGUGCAUUAUUGGAGAAGAGCCUCAUUUUCUGUUUGUCAGUGUUUUCUGCAGAGCGACUCACCAUUUCCCCCACACUCAAACGCACAAACACUCCUCUGGGGAAUCUCUGUAAUCUUACCGUGUGUUCUUUUGGCUGUGUACGAGGAACUACUGGUUAGCAGGAGGGAAUGAAUAAAGUAAGAAAAUUAAUAAAACUAAAACUUCUCAGUUUUUUGAUAAUUGAUGAGCAGGAUGAAUUCUGCUCAGAGAUUUUGAGUUGGAAAAACUUCUCAUGUUUGUGACUAAAAGACGCAGCACGUGUGUAGAAUAUUAUAUUAUGUGCAGAUGCGCACGUACACUUUUUAAAGAUAACCACUCUGCUUUGAAUUUGAUAUAGAGCAGAAGAAAAAAAUUUGUCCUCCUUUUAAUUGAAGUUGGGAUCAAGGAUCCUAUCAGUGUUUAAAUAAUAUUGGCUGGCUUUUUUUCACGGUAUAUCAGAUAUUGAACGAGUUGAAGACAAGUAGCUGAAUGGACUAUAUCUGAUAUACCACGAAAAAAGGCCUAUUAUGAUACACUUUCGACGGAAGAAUUAUACAUUUUACAAAAAGUUAAGAACGGUGGUUUAACUUGCCGAUGCUGAUUCUGAUGGAAUGUAAUUCAAUGUACUGUACAAAGUCAAAGCUCUAACAAUAAAAAUGGUACAAGUUCAAAAA